AUGAGCAGCACUCCACCAGCCACCACAACCCCAAUCUCCCUCACAGCUCCCCAAUACCGCGCCUACCAACCCUCUUCGCACCCGUCGACCCCCUCCGCAUCCGCAUCCGCACGCGCAUCCGCAUCGCCAUCCCCCUCACCACCAACACCGCCCCUCGACCCUUCCAACCUCCCCACCGGCACGAAAUCGCUCUCCGGAAUCUCGCUCCGCGCCUUCCUGCUGGGCACCACCCUCGGCCUCACCGCAACCCUAACCCUCCACCUCCUCCUGACAACCACAACCCCACUCUGGCGCCUCCCCUUCUUCCUCGCAAGCCUCAGCCUCUUCCACUUCCUGGAGUACUACACCACCGCAACCUACAACCCGCGCUUCGCCGACACCACCGCCUUCCUCCUGACCUCGAACGGCUGGGCCUACAACGUCGCGCACGGGUCCGCGAUCCUCGAAUGUCUACUCACCAACAUCCUGGCCCCGGCGGGGGCCACGUACCAUUACCACCAGCACCCGGGCCUGUCCCGAAUCUUCGCCUUCGAAACCUUGGACACCUUCCAUGAAUACCGCCUCGAAAUCAACCUCCCCAUAUGCCUCGGCCUCGCCCUCAUGCUCCUCGGCCAGACCAUCCGCUCCGUCGCCAUGGCCCAGGCCGGCAGCAGCUUCAACCACACCGUGCAGGUCGCCCGCCGCGACGACCACCGCCUGAUCACCCACGGCGUCUACCGCGUGCUGCGCCACCCCUCCUACUUCGGCUUCUUCUGGUGGGGCAUCGGCACCCAGCUCGUCCUGGGGAACGUCGCCUGCCUCGUCGCGUAUGCCCUCGUCCUGUGGCGGUUCUUCCGGCUGCGCGUGCGGAGAGAGGAAAACUACCUCUGUGCUUUCUUUGGGGAUCAGUACCGGGAGUAUCGGAAGAGGAGUUGGGUCGGGAUUCCGUUCGUUUGA